AUGGAGGAGUUUUUCCGGCCUUACAAACCUCAGUCAUCACAAAUUUCUUGUCGUGAGAGAAAACAAUACGACGUAUUUCUGAGCUUUCGAGGUCCGGACGUGAGAAAAACAUUGGUGGAUCAUCUCUACCAAUCUCUCUCCAUUGCUGGAGUGAAUGUCUUUAUAGACAGUGAGAAACUGGAAAAGGGGGAAAAUAUUGAAAUGAAUCUGGAGCAGGCUAUUCACGACUCUACCAUCUAUAUACCCAUAUUUUCUCCUGAUUACGCCACUUCAGCAUGGUGCCUCAAAGAGCUCUCCCUCAUGUGGAAGCUCGGAUCCACUUGCAUAGAUCCUAGACUGACAAUACCUCUUUUUUAUAAUGUGGAACCAUCUGAGGUUAGAUAUUCUCGGUGUAAAGGUCCAUACGCCAGCGCUUUCAUAAAACAUCGGACGCAAGGUAGGCACAGCAAAGUGGAGAUCGAAGGCUGGAACGACGCGCUGUACCAAGUCUCCUGUUUAUCUGGGUGGUGUCUCAAGGAAACGUCCUUCGGGUUCGAAGGGAAGCUUGUGAAGCAAGUGGUGAAGGACGUUCUCCAGACAUUGGAUGUUGGAGUGUUAGACGUGGCCAGACGCCCUGUGGGACUCAUUCCUCGCCGUGAGGAGGUGAUACAGUUGUUGAAACUGGGCGAUAAGACAAGUGAUCGGCUCAGCCUUGGUAUUUCGGGUAUGGGUGGUCUGGGUAAAACCACCCUGUCAAAAGCCCUUUAUAACAAGAUCCAUCACCUCUUUGAAGCUUCUUGUUUUGUAUCUAGUGUAAAAUUAGAGAUGUCCAUCCAGGGCCUUAGAAAAUUGCAACAGCAGGUCCUCAGGGAUCUGUUGAGAACUCAAAUAAAGGUGAAUAAUAUAGAUCACGGAAAAGUUCUAAUGAGGAAUCGUUUGGGAUCCUUAAGAGCACUGGUGGUUUUGGAUGAUGUUGACAAUGUCCAACAGUUAGAUGCUCUGAUGGGUGACUGGCUUGGAGAAGGAAGCAGAAUCAUCAUUACAACCCGAGAUAAACGUGUCUUGGAGGUGCCACAAGUUGAUGUGAUCUACCCCAUGAGAGGACUUGAACAUGCUGAAGCCGUGGAGUUGUUCAGUUGGCAUGCCUUUCUCAGAGACCACCCGGAGAGAGGCUAUGGAGAUAUAACGGAGAGAAUUGUCGAGGCUUGUUCAGGUCUUCCACUGACCUUGGAGAUUAUAGGCACAGACCUAUAUAAUAGAAAUCACAUUAGAUAUUGGACCGAGGCUCUACACAAACUUGAAAAUGUAGGUCACAAUUCUGUGUUUGAAAUCCUCAAAAUUAGUUACGAUAUAUUAACGCCUGUAGAGAAACACAUUUUUUUAGACAUAGCCUGCUUUUUCGUUAACCUGAAGAACAGCAUCUUGAAUCCAAAUAGGGCUUUCAAUAUGGACUUUUAUGAGAGAUUCUGGAGUGCUUUAGGGUGUGAACCUGUGUAUACAAGUCUUAAAACUCUUGAAGAAAAGGCACUCAUUGUAGUACAUGAGCACAGUUAUAGUGAGGCCGUGGAUGAAGAAAGAGAUGAAGAAGGCCACGAAGGUCAGUACUUUUGUGAAUUUUCUAUGCAUGAGCAGAUUAGAGACAUGGGCAGACGAAUCGUCGCAGAGGAAUCGGAGAAGGAUCCAAACAAACGUAGUAGAGUGUGGCGGGAGGAGGACAUACGUACGCUAAUGGCUUGUUCUAGUACACUACAGGUUCUGUUUAUCCUCUGUUCCGAACUUUAUAUCAAUAAUUUGUUUGUCUAUGUUGUUUUUAAUGCUCCAGCUAUAGAUUUCUCCUACGAUCCAACUAAUCUACGUCAAUAUACUCCACUUGGUAAGCGAUGCUCUGCCUCUCAUCUUAAACAGGAAAACUCAAAUGUAGAGGGCCUCAUGUGGAGAAGGCGAAUGGAGCUUCAGCAAAUAGACACUUUGGCACCAAUGCAGAAAUUAGAUUUCUUGAUGUGGUGGAAAUUGCAAGUCAAGUCUGAGAUAAGAAGACUACCUACAAACGUAAAAUAUCUGGUCUUAUCCGAGUGUCGAUUAAAGGACUACAAUCCCCAGACUUGUCUUCCAAAAGAAAUCUGUAAUCUUCAAUGCUUGGAAGAUUUAUUUUUAAGAAGAUGCAGUUUACAGGCCCUGCCUGAAGAUUUUGGAAAGCUUAUCAAGCUAAAGAGGCUUGACAUUAGCAACAAUCUCUUGUCAGAAUUUCCGCCAUGCUUUCAACAUCUGGAAUCUUUGGUGAAUCUAGAGAUGAGCUGGAAUGAACAACUUACUCUUCCAAGAAACCUCGCUUCUUUACACAUAUCAGGCUGCUCACAAUUGCAAAGAUUAGCCUUCCCUCCUCUUACCAUGGAAAUGCUUACAACUCAACGACAGCUGAUGAAGGGUCCGUCCGAAGGACGACUCGACCAAGAUUCUGGUCAAACGCAGAGGCCUCAUGGUUUGCUCACAAGUCUGUCCAGCCAACUUUUCCUUCUGCGUAAUUCUAAACAAACACAAAGGUUAUGCAUGAUAGGCUGUGACAACAUUCAACUUAAUAUUUACAAGUUGUUGGAGGAAGUUUUAUGUUUGGAGCAACUGGACUUGUCGGUAUCUUCUGCAGAGGAGUUUCUUGGUGAAACGCAACCUCUUGAAGGCCAAAAGUACCUCAUACUGGAAAGGGAUACUUCACCCCUAACAGUCUUAUUUUGCUUCGUAUUUGACAGCAGUGAGAAUUUCCGUCUUCCAGAGAUGGAGGUGGUAAUGACAUUUUUGGGCGACGACCAUGAGCGCUCAUAUUCUCAAACUUUCAAACUCCCGUCGCUUAUGAAAGAAGAUGGCAGCGCAAAACAUAUCCUGCGAGUGUGCGUUUUCAAUGGAUGGCAGUGGAAAAAUUAUAGACCAUUUUUUAAAGGGGGUGAGAUGAGAGGCUCGUACUCUGUACGGGAUCGAUUGUCUCAACGGGGGAGUCUGGCGUUAAUGAGGCAGGCGGAAAUUUUUCUCUUACCUAAAUAUGCAAAUUUUUCUUCUACAACGAAACUCGCACAAAUUUUGAGAGAGUGGAAAUUAUUGUCACCUUCCAUUGAUGGCGACCAGCGGUUCCCGUCGAUAAAAAAGAGGCCAUGGGUUACGAGAUGA